UGCCGGGGAUGCGGAAAGGUCCCUCCGCCGUCUCCGCCGCCACCGCCACCGCCACCAGCACCACCACCGCCGCCUCCUCCUCACCUGCCUCCCGGGUUUGUAUGAAAACACCCAGCCGGGGGGCGGCGAGGAUCUGCGGUGCGCCCAGAGAGCAGCCGGCGCCUAGCCAGGUGGUGCGGCUCUGUCCAGUCCCUGCCACCGCCCUCUCCUGAGCGGAUUAUCUGCAAUGGUGAAAUGAAGUAACUCAAGAUGAGCAAAUUAAAAGUGGUAUCAGAGAAAAGCCUUACCAAUAAUUCUCGGAUUGUAGGACUCCUGGCUCAGCUGGAGAAGAUCAAUACUGAAUCCACAGAAUCAGAUACUGCCAGAUAUGUUACAGCAAAAAUUCUUCAUCUGGCUCAAAGUCAAGAAAAAACAAGGAAAGAAAUGACAGCCAAAGGUUCUACAGGAAUGGAAGUUCUGCUGUCAACAUUAGAGAACACGAAAGAUCUUCAAACUACACUUAAUAUCUUAAGCAUUCUUGUUGAGCUGGUGUCAGCUGGUGGUGGUCGAAGAGCAAGUUUCUUAGUGGCCAAAGGUGGUUCACAGCUACUGUUACAGUUACUUGUGAACGCCAGCAAGGACUCUCCCCCAAACGAGGAGCUAAUGGUACACAUUCAUUCUGUUCUGGCAAAAAUUGGACCGAAAGACAAAAAAUUUGGAGUGAAAGCUAGAAUUAAUGGAACUCUGAAUAUAACACUGAAUUUGGUCAAACAGAAUUUGCAGAAUCAUCGCUUGGUUUUGCCCUGUCUUCAGCUUUUACGAGUAUAUUCUGCAAACUCUGUGAAUUCAGUAUCCUUAGGGAAAAAUGGAGUUGUGGAACUGAUGUUUAAAAUCAUUGGACCAUUUAGUAAGAAGAAUUCGGGGCUUAUGAAGGUUGCUUUAGACACUCUUGCUGCAUUGCUAAAAUCAAAAACAAAUGCCAGGAGAGCUGUAGACAGAGGAUAUGUCCAAGUUCUUUUAACAAUUUAUGUAGAUUGGCACCGCCAUGAUAAUCGGCAUAGAAACAUGCUCAUUCGGAAAGGAAUUUUACAGAGUUUAAAAAGUGUUACCAACAUCAAGUUGGGAAGAAAAGCAUUCAUUGAUGCCAAUGGAAUGAAAAUUCUCUAUAACACUUCGCAAGAAUGUUUGGCUGUCAGGACCCUUGAUCCUCUUGUCAACACCUCCAGUCUGAUAAUGAGGAAGUGUUUCCCUAAAAACCGCCUGCCACUCCCAACGAUUAAAAGUUCUUUCCAUUUCCAGUUGCCAGUUAUUCCUGUGACUGGACCUGUGGCUCAACUCUACAGCUUACCCCCUGAAGUGGAUGACGUAGUAGAUGAAAGUGAUGACAACGAUGAUAUUGAUUUAGAAGCUGAAAAUGAAACCGAAAAUGAGGAUGACCUAGAUCAAAAUUUUAAGAAUGAUGACAUUGAAACAGAUAUUAACAAACUAAAACCCCAGCAAGAACCAGGACGAACAAUAGAAGAACUUAAAAUGUAUGAACACCUUUUCCCUGAGCUUGUUGAUGAUUUUCAGGACUAUGACUUAAUCUCCAAAGAACCAAAGCCUUUGGUGUUUGAGGGGAAAGUACGUGGUCCUAUUGUUGUUCCUACAGCGGGAGAAGAAGCAUCUGGGAAUUCAGGCAAUUUAAGAAAAGGCGUUACAACGAAGGCGAAUGUGUCUCCUAAAGGAGAUGAAGGCAAUAAGAAACGUCCCUUUAUGGAUCUGGCAAAAGAAGAUACUAAAGAUAAUGACAGAACAUUACAACAGCAACUAGGUGAUCAAAAUAGAACUAUUUCAUCAGUCCAUGGCUUAAACAAUGAUAUUGUGAAGGCCUUGGACCGAAUUACAUUGCAGAAUAUUCCUUCUCAAACAGCCUCGGGUUUUACUUCAGGAAUGAAGAAGGACUACAGUCUUCCUCUUACUGUUGUCACGUGCGCUAAAGCGUGCCCACACGUGGCUACUUGUGGAAAUGCUCUGUUUGAGGGAAGAGCAGUUCAGCUAGGGAAGCUUUGCUGCACUGGAGUUGAAACUGAGGAUGAUGAAGAUACUGAGUCUACUUCAUCAGUGGAACAAGCAUCAGUUGAAGUCUCUGAUGGACCAACACUUCAUGACUCAGAUCUCUAUAUUGAGAUUGUGAAAAAUACAAAGUCUGUCCCAGAAUAUUCAGAGGUGGCCUAUCCUGAUUAUUUUGGUCACAUUCCGCCUCCAUUCAAAGAGCCUAUUUUAGAAAGGCCCUAUGGUGUACAAAGGACAAAAAUUGCCCAAGAUAUUGAGAGGCUAAUACAUCAGAGUGAUAUUAUAGAUCGAGUGGUAUAUGACUUAGAUAGCCCAAAUUACACCAUUCCAGAAGAAGGAGAUAUUUUGAAGUUUAACUCCAAAUUUGAAUCUGGGAAUCUGCGCAAAGUAAUUCAAAUUAGAAAAAAUGAAUAUGAUCUUAUUCUGAAUUCAGAUAUAAAUAGUAAUCAUUAUCAUCAGUGGUUUUACUUUGAAGUCAGUGGAAUGCGACCCGGUGUUGCUUACAGGUUUAACAUCAUUAACUGUGAAAAGUCCAACAGUCAAUUUAAUUAUGGUAUGCAACCACUCAUGUAUUCAGUUCAAGAAGCAUUAAAUUCCAGACCAUGGUGGACUCGUGUGGGGACUGACAUUUGUUACUAUAAAGAUUUUAUGUGUACUUUAGGAAAUCGUCCUUACGUUUUCUUAUCUGCUCGGGUACAUCCUGGAGAAACUAAUGCAAGUUGGGUAAUGAAAGGAACAUUGGAAUAUCUCAUGAGUAAUAACCCUACUGCUCAGAGCUUACGAGAAUGCUAUAUUUUUAAAAUUGUCCCCAUGCUAAAUCCAGAUGGUGUCAUCAAUGGAAAUCACCGCUGUUCUCUAAGUGGAGAGGAUCUGAAUAGACAGUGGCAAAGUCCAAAUCCAGAUUUGCAUCCUACAAUUUACCAUGCUAAGGGGCUGCUACAGUACCUGGCUGCAGUGAAACGUUUACCACUGGUUUAUUGUGAUUAUCAUGGCCACUCCCGAAAGAAGAAUGUGUUUAUGUAUGGCUGCAGCAUCAAAGAGACAGUGUGGCAUACCAAUGAUAAUGCAACUUCCUGUGAUGUUGUGGAAGAUGCGGGGUACAGGACUUUGCCUAAGAUACUGAGCCAUAUUGCCCCAGCAUUUUGCAUGAGCAGCUGUAGCUUCGUAGUGGAAAAAUCUAAAGAAUCCACAGCACGUGUUGUAGUUUGGAGGGAGAUAGGAGUACAAAGAAGCUACACCAUGGAGAGUACUUUGUGUGGCUGUGAUCAGGGAAAAUAUAAGGGUUUACAGAUUGGUACUCGAGAAUUGGAAGAGAUGGGAGCGAAGUUUUGUGUUGGUCUAUUGCGCUUGAAACGACUGACAUCCCCAUUGGAAUAUAAUAUGCCUUCCAGCCUGCUUGACCUUGAAAAUGACUUGAUUGAGUCAAGCUGCAAAGUAACUAGCCCUACCACUUAUGUUUUGGAUGAAGAUGAACCUCGAUUCCUUGAAGAAGUUGAUUACAGUGCAGAAAGUAAUGAUGAGUUAGAUGUUGAAUUGGCUGAAAAUGUAGGAGAUUAUGAACCUUCUGCUCAAGAAGAAGUACUUUCUGACUCUGAAUCAUCAAGAACAUACCUACCUUGAGCCCUCUGCUAUCUCUUGUAAAUACAGAGAUGAAAUGAAAUAUCUGGGUUGUUGUUACACAGGAGAUUUGAGAAAUGAAUUUAUAGAGCUGACUCAGAAAGACAAAAGGAAUUUUGGGCCUAUUUGGUUUUAAGACAAUAAAUGUGUUAUUAAUUCAUAAUAAAAUUGGCACUUGUUUUAUUUUAGCUAUUUAAUGCACUUUACAUAGUAUUUAAUUAUCAAAUAUUGGAUUUACUUAAAAACCUGAGUGUUAUUGCAUGGUUUUUUAUCUCCUCAUGGUUAUAUCUUGCAUCAAAUGGAUAAUUUUGAAGUGUGUAAGAAUAUAAAAUCUAAAUUCUAGAGUUGUUGAAAAUUCUGAGAUUUUGAAAACUAAUAUAUAUAUGUACAUGGAUUUCUAUAGAUAUGUCUGUAUGGGGGGUGGGUAGGUAGUGAAGAUAAGACUGUUCUUCAGAAUCAUGUUAACUGUUGAGUUGUGACUGAAAUAAUCCAGAGUUUGCCUUGAAAUCAUUACAUUCUACAUUUACCAAAAUUAAACAAAUAAAAAUUAUAUUAAAUGUUG